AUGACAGAGAAGGUUGGCUAGAAAAAUAUUUUGUUAUUAACUAAAACUUAAACAAUUGCAUAACAAAGAGAAAAUGUAUUUAUGCACCUAUAAACAUAAAAUACAUAGAUUAUAAAGUUUGGCCUUAUAUCUAAUUUAGAUUAUUUAUUGAAGCAUAUAACUAAAUUAAUUAGUAUAUUUAAUAGUUUUAAAAGAAAGAAUCCAAAUUAUUAACAAAGCUAUAUACCAUAUAAUUCAGAUUAAUUAUGA